GAAAGGUGAGCAGGAAGGCCUCGCCCCUAUAAAGGCAGCACAGAGCCACUGCCUGUCACAAUUCAACUCACUUCAACAGCCUCUCAACAUGCAGCUCAUCCUCCUCGUCUGUCUGGCCGCCGCAGCCGCCAACGCUGCCCCGCAGUUCGGGCAGUUUUAUCGCCCCGACGGGCGGCACAUUGCCAUCCUGUCUCAGGGCAUGGAAGGCCCCGACGGUGCCAGGUUCAGAUACCACUACCGGACGGAGAAUGGCAUCAACGUGGAAGCCCAAGGCACCCCAGGAUCAAAGGGCCAGAGCAACAUUAACGGCGGUUUCAGCUUCCCCUUCCCCGACGGUACCACGGCCCAGUUCACUUACGUGGCUGACGAAAAUGGCUACCGCCCCCAGUCCCCGCACAUCCCCACACCCCACCCGCUCCCCGCCCACGCCAUCGAACAGAUUCGCUUCGCUGAGAGUCAACGAAACAGAUUCGGCUAAGGCGGGUCCACGCCUUUUUCAUUGUCCCGGCCCGGCCACGGAUGCCCCCUGACAAACACAGGUUCCCGGGUUCCCGCAUGGAUACACGAUGAUCGUCCUGUCACCUCGGUCAUUUGUGUCACUCCUGUAGAGCGUAACAAGACAUGUCGUCACCUUAAUAAAGGCAGAGCAGAUAA